AUGGAGUGUGGAAAGAGCUUUGGUCAUAGUGUAACCCUUAGAAUACAUCAGCGAACUCACACAGGGGAGAAACCAUUUAAAUGUAUGCACUGUGGAAAGAGCUUCAUUAUAAAGGGAAAUCUUACAAUACAUCAACGCACUCACACAGGGGAGAAACCACAUAUAUGUAUAGUGUGUGGAAAAAGCUUCACUUCAACCAAAAACCUUAGACUACACCAAAGACAUCACACAGGGGAAAAACCAUUUAAAUGUAUGCAGUGUGGAAAGAGCUUCAGUCAAAGUGGAAGCCUUAAAAUGCAUCAACGAAUUCACACAGGGGAGAAACCAUUUAAAUGUAUGGAGUGUGGAAAGAGCUUCAGUCAUUGUGAAACCCUUAAAAUGCAUCAUCGAACUCACACAGGGGAGAAACCAUUUAAAUGUAUGGAGUGUGGAAAGAGCUUUUCUCAUAGUGUAGCCCUUAGAGUACAUCAACGAACUCACACAGGGGAGAAACCAUUUAAAUGUAUGGAGUGUGGAAAAAGCUUCAGUGAAUCCGGUAAGCUUAGACUACAUCAACGAACUCAUACAGGGGAGAAACCCUUUAAAUGUAUGGAGUGUGGAAAGAGCUUCAGUGAUAAUGGGAACCUCAAAAGCCAUCAGCGAACUCAUACAGGGGAGAAACCAUUUCAGUGUAUGGAUUGUGGAAAAAGCUUCAGUCAAAGUGGACACUAUAAAAUACAUCGACGAACUCAUACAGGAGAGAAACCCUUUAAAUGCAAGAAGUGUGGAAAGAGCUUCCGUAAUAGUGGACAUUUUAAACUACACCAACGAACUCAUACAGGGGAGAAACCAUUUCAAUGUAUGGAGUGUGGAAAGAGCUAUAGUCAAAGUGCACAUUUAAAAAUACAUCAGCGAACUCAUACAGGGGAGAAACCAUUUAAAUGUAUGGAGUGUGGAAAGAGCUUCAUUGAUAGUGGGUACCUCAGAAGCCAUCAGCGAACUCAUACAGGGGAGAAACCAUUUAAAUGUAUGGAGUGUGGAAAGAGCUUCAGUCAAAGUGGAAGCCUUAGAAAGCAUCAGCGAACUCAUACAGGGGAGAAACCAUAUAAAUGUAUGGAGUGUGGAAAGAGCUUCAGUGAAAGUGGAAGCCUUAGAGUACACAAAAGAACUCACACAGGGGAGAAGCCAUUUAAAUGA